UUCGUUUAAGUGAUUUUUGAAACCAUUUGAAUUAAAUAGAAGAAUAAGAAGAGAGUUGCUUGUGGAUGAAGACAUUAAUUUUUUUCCAGGAGUUUUGAAAUUACUUGGGUGAGUAGACAGAUUAGUGGGUUUAUAAGUAAUUUAAAUUCAUCAAGGAAUUUGUUUAUGUCGGAUAUCGGAGGGGAGACUUUGUUAUUUGAGUGAGAACCAGAGGUAACUUGAGCGUAGGUUUGGGACGCGUCUAAGGGGUGAUUAACAGGGAUUACCACUGAGUGACUAACCUACACAUUUUUUUUAUGACUGAUAUUAUCCGACAGAAAAUUGUUUUUUUUUUGGUUUAUUUCGAUUUUGAAGAUCCUUGUAUACAGAGCAGCCUUUGUAGUUAGAGGGGUGAUUAUCGGAGCAGAGGGCACAUCUUGGAGUAGCAUCCCGUGGGUUUGGACAGGCCGAAGAUGAGUGGUUUGAGCCGCAGCGGACACAGCGAGCUGGAUAGCCGCAGUAGGAUUUAGUAUGUCCGUACUCUUGACAAUUGAUACAUUGACUUAUAGUUUUGGAUUUAUAAGGUUCUUCAACUUUUAUUUUCGUGUGGAUGGGAGAAGUCAACUUAUAGAUAUCGUUUGAAUCGAUCGUUGGUUCAAGGUCCACAAAAAAUAGAGGGAGUUUAUUGGUUUUAUGUAAUACGCUUGUUACUUGACGGACUUCAAAUAAUCGCAGCUCAAGCUCGGAUUUGAUAAGUGGAUAAGUAAUUUGGACGUGGACGGGUGGAGAUUGCGAAUGACAACUGGUGUAGGUUUGUCUUCUUUGAGCUGAUAAGUGAUAUUCAGCAUUUUAAUUUUUGAGGAAGUGGAUCAGUGUUCUGUAUGAAGUUGGAUUAGUUGUCAUAAUUUUUAGGCGGUCAGUUGAGGAUUUACAAGAGAAAUUAUCUACACCGAUUUGCUCAAUAAGUUCUGAGUAAAGUGCUGGAAAACUGAUUACACCUUUUACAAAAACUGGUGGGGGUAGGGCUGGCUUGAUACCAACAUUGAUGUUCCCCUCUGGGUUUGACUCGGGAAGAGGCAGCUGAGUAGAAUCUGAUAAAACGGUAUUCUCUGGUUCGUCUUGUGAGAGUACUUCAAAUCGAUUAGACGUAAAAAAUAUUUUUUUAUUGUUUUGUUGUAUUUUAGGCGAGUUUUGAUCUGAAGAAGAAGAGGAGGAGAGGUUUCUUUUAGCACUAUUGCUUAUUGGUACCUGAGACCAGUUGGCUGAUGAAGAAGAAUCCAUGCUGGUAGAGACUAAGUUUCCGUCUAAGCGAUUCGUAUUGACUGAAGUUGAGACUUUGUUUAGGUUAGCAGUCUGUAUAUUGCUUAGGCGAGCAGUCUGUAUAUUGACAGAGUCCUUAAUAUUGGUGGCGGCUAAUUUUGAUUUUAUAUUUUUGGAUGAAGAUUGAGACAUAAUUAUUGUUGCGAUAAAGUCGCGGUCGCUGCCGCUGCAGCGGUAUGCGAUAAGACAGCUCGCGAGCUGUUGAUGACGAAUACGUAAUGUUGUCUAUGUUAAUUAACGUAGACGUUUUAGUAAAAUGUAUAUAAUAGGUACAUAGACCAACAUGCGAAAAAAAUUUUUUAUUAAUUAUAAAUAAUUUAUUAUUAUAAACAGAGAUAAGAUAGUAGAGCGCACUAAACGAAGCACUACCAGUCACAUCGGAUGCAACUGAUCGAAUUUUUUUUUUAAAAUUUAAUAAGUAUUUCUCAUCAUUUGAGCAUCAACAAAGUUGAAACAUCUAUUGUCUAUAUUCUAUUUUACCAUCAAAAAUUAUUUUUUACCAAUCCACCACACACAACACACUAGCUAGAUCCUUCUUGGUUGAAUACCACUCAGAUCAAAAAGUUAUUUAUUAAACAGUGUCUAGAUGCCUCACAAUUACAUUGAUGACGACUUUAAUGACAUAAAUUUGAUUAAACAUAUUGCUUCCAAAAAAAAUUGUUACCUAUUAAAAAUAUUUCUUGACAAUUAAGACCUUAAUCUGAAAAUAUGUUGACAUAUUUCUUAUAUUUUGAUUUGCCUCUCUAUAAGUGUAACUAAAUUAUUAAACAAAACAAUGAAAUAUAGAUACAUGUUGAUAAAUCAAUAAUUUCACUUUUGGUUUUUAUCUGUGGCAAUUAUAAUUUCUUCCUCUUAAUUUUUGAAAUUGUGUUUAUGUGUAUUUGGAGUACUUGAUGUUGUUUUUUGGUAACUAAAUGGAUACACAUAACAUAAAAUACAACAAAACAACAUAAGUAAACUUACUAAAUUUUAAUAACUAGUUUAUUAGAAUAAAAACUGUGAAGUGGAGAUGUAAUAUUCAAUAAAUAAUGAAAGUACUCAUCUGUCUUAUUUUGACUGAAUAGAAAAUAUGUAUCUAAACCAUGGAUGAGUAAUAAUUAUAAUCGCAAAACCUAAAUCUCACCAAAAAAUUACAGUGCUUUAAACCAUAGACAUAUUAUAAAAAAUAUUUUUAAGAUAUAUUAUUAAUAUAUCUAUACUUGGAAAUUGUUCCUGAUUUCAUUUUUCAGGCAUUUAUUGGGAACGGAUCAAGAAAGGAAUGUGUUCGAAUUUGGUACUUUUAUUGGAGGAAAGUUAAUAAUUUUUUUUUUUUAAAUAAUAAACUAUAUAAAAUUCAAUAAAUAUAUAGAGUUAUAAUUAUAUUUUGGUGUUGACAUUUUUAACAUUUGUCGACUAGUUUGGAAUACCUAAUCAAAAUAUUUAAAAUAUAUUUAAGUCUUUCUAUUGAAAAGUUAAUGUUAAAACUAUUACAAUUAAUAGAUAAAUUAAUAUAGACUAUAGCACCAUAGAUUAAAUAAAGUACAAUACUGUCCACAUAAGUAAAAAUAUACUGUAUCCAAUAUCUCAAUAUAUAAGGCAUAUUUUUGAAGUAUUUUUCAGAACCUAAUUGUACCGUUUAAAUCGUGACGAAUUAAUUAUUAAUCAAAAUUCGGUGACAGUUCACUUUGAUAAACGUCCAUUUAAAUCUAAUUAUCUAAUCUAUCUAUUAUGAUUUAGGCUGGCCGCACACCAAAAGAGCAAAACUGCUUAAAGUUUUAAUUAAGUUUUAAUUAGGCAGUAUUAAUCAGCCUAACAUAGUUUUGUUAAAAAUAUAACAAAAGGAAUUACGCUGCAUACGCACAUUCAUAAAACAAAAACGAAACGAAAACAUUUUUGAUUUAAACACCAUCAGUCAUGACAGAUACUGUCUGAAGAGUACAUUUUUCGCUAGUCACAACUAGACAAGAAAUACAAUUCGUAUUUUUCGUGUUUCGUAUACCGUAUUCAUUUCGAAUAAUUUUUAUAUGAACCUAUACUAACAUACCUAAAGACAGGAUUUAAUUGAUAUUCCAAAUUAUUUGGAAUAAAGAUAAAUCAAAUCUAAUUAAAUAUACAACGGACUAAAAAUAUAUAUAUAUAUAUAUAUAUAUAUAGCUUAUCUACACUUGAAUAAUUUAAAUGCUUACAAAAGGUUGAAAUUAAAAAUAAUAAUAAUUUUAAACUUAAUUAAAUAGUAUAUAUUUGUAUCAUAGUAAAUAUUCAAAAUGUCGAUUUAUUAUAUUUCGUUUGUUCAAAAUUGUGUCGGAAUUAUAACUCAGAAUUCGCACGUUCUUUCAAAUUAAUCAAUUUUUGUUCAAGAUAUCGACGUUCAAACUUCCAAAUUUUUUAAUUCUCCAUUUUCUAAUUAAAAACAAUGAUAAGAAAUGUACAAGUUAAUAAUUAGUAGAGAUUCAGGCGAUUCGGCUGGAAUACAUUUAGUUGUUUUAUUAUAGCCUCCCGAAUGCGCGGCGCGCCAGGCAUACAAAUCUUACCGCGUAACACCAAUCAGACGGCGCGUCAACUGUACCGCGUUGUACCACUCCACGCGACGCGCAACCCCAUAGGUCAAUUAAAUCCAUGUGUGAAUUAAAAUUAUUGCGAGUGGCACACUGCCAAUUUAUUAUCCGUUAACCAGAAUACCAGACAAAUACUGCAAACUUCAAAUUUUCAACCAACAAAAUAAAAAUUUGAUAAGAGAACUAAAAACUUUAAUUGUUUAUUAUCAAUACAAAUAUGGGUAUUAUAGUAUUAAGCAUAUAAUAUAAAUAAUAUAAUAAUAUAAUUACAGUAUUUUGUAAUCUGAACAUGUGCAAUAUAUUUAUUUGAACAUUUAAAUCAAUCAGGAAAUUUGUAUUUGUAUUAUAUUAUCUAAAAAAAACUUUGUGGUAACUUGUCAAUAUUCUUACAAAUAAUCAUAAUUCAUAGACCCAUUUUGUAAUUUAUUAGAUUAUUAUAAUAACAAUAUUUUUUAUAAAACUAAUAAAGAUAAACAAUAAUAUACCUUACCUGUACAUUAAAAUAAACAGAUAAAAUGUUAUCACCAUUCACCCAUAUUGACCAUAUUCCAUGACCUAUGUAAGUAAACUGUUAUGUAACAUAAUACAUAUCGCAUAUGACUAAGUGCUUUACAAGGUUAAUGUACUAGUUAACACUAUGAUUUAUCUUAGAUUAUUGUUAAUUGUUAUUCAUAUAAAACCUAGUUAAUAAAUCAUCAUUAAUAUUUUUUUGUUUUGUACAAGUUAAAUAUUACUAUUUCAAAUAUUUCUCAUUUUUUUUAGUGCACUAAUAUCACAAUUACAGUUUUUGAUCGAUUAUUUAAAGUAUAAUUACAAUUUUAUCCUUGAUUAUUCAUUAUAUUACGUUUUAAUACAGGCUAUUAUUAGUAUAAGGUAGAGUUGUAUUAUUUUGUAUCAUUUAAAACUUAGGUAGUCCACUAUUUUAUUUAUAUGUAAUACAUUUAUUGGUAUUUGCUUUUAAUUAUUAAAUAAUAUCUAUAAUAAAAAAUAAUCUAUAUUUGAUUAUUAUGAUUUAAAUUGGUACAUUUUUUUUUAUGUUUUGCUUUAAACAAGUUAUUAUUAGUAAAUUAAUCAAAAUGAUUGAGAUUAAUAUCAAUAUUGUUAUCUUAAUGACUCCAUUUAUUAAAAAUAAAUAAAUUAUUAUUUAUUUAUAACCUAAACAGACAACAAUUAACCCAUUUAUAUACUAGAAUAAAAUGGUAUUUAUUUCUUAUUUUUCUUGUUCCUAUUCAUUUCGAUUAUUGAAAACCAUCUUAGCAAGCUAUGUUCUUAGGUUUUACAGUCAUGAUAUAUUUCUCUUGCUAGAUCCUCUUUUUUUCCUAGGACUUCCUAGUAAUAUGGAUUUAAGUAAAGGGGAUCUAUUAUAUUUUCACAUUUAUUCUCUGGUUAUAUUUAUUUAUUAUAAAUCUAUUUAAGUAAGGCUAACUAAUCACUAUUUUUAAAUAACUUUUUAGUUGAAUUAUGUCGUGGAUAACAAUAUCUUUAUGUUUGUGUAUUUAUGGCGUUUUAAAAGAGUUCCGUCCAUCAGAGUCUUAUGUAAUUCCUUAUUUGUUAAGUUCACGGAUGAAUUUUACUGAACAACAAGUAAGAAAUAAUUUGCAAUCAUUUAUGUGUAGAUACUAAGAACAUUUUUAUUUGUGUGUUGUAAUUUUAUUAAAUGUCAAUAAAAAUUAAUAAUUAAAAAUGAGUUUUUGACAAGUUGUUUAGUAAAAAACCCAACAACUAAAUUUAAAGAUUUCAUCAUUAAUUUAUAAACUAUAAGUAUAGAAUCAAAAAACAUAAAUCAAUACAAUUAUUAUUGAAUAAAAUCAAUUAAUUUCUUACUAUGUCCCAAAUUUAAAGUAAAAAAUUACACAUAACCAAUUUUAUUUACUUAUAUUUAUGUAUUUAUUUUUUAAUUAUAUGUAUUAUAAAACUUUUUCAAGAUUAAAAAGGUAAAAUAGAUUAAACAAGUAAAAAACAUUAUCUACUUGAAAAUUAAAAGUAUUAUUCUGAAUACAACUGUAGUAACAAUAAAUAUUGUAUUUAUUUUUAGGUUAAUAAUGUAAUACUGCCCAUUGGUAUUUAUGCUUCGAUGAUAUCUAUGAUAAUUGUGUCUUUAACAACUGAUUUGCUAAGGUAUAAAAUUGUAAUUGUUAUUCAAGCAAUGUGUGGUGUUGCUGUUUAUGCAAUAUUAUCUUUAUGUACAAGUUUCAUAUCUGUUGUAGUAAGUAUUACAAUUUUAAAUAAGCUUAAAGUUGUUUUAGUUUAAUACUCAAUAAAAUAUUGAAUGUAAAAUAAUAUAAACAAAAAAUAAAGUUAGAAAAAAUAAAUAUAUGUUUUUAAACUGGUUUAAGCCUAGAAUGCUGAAAACUGUAUGUAUAUAAAAUAUAUAGUGUAAGGUAGUAUAUACUUAAAAAAUAUAAUAACUAUUUCUAUUGAAUAUUUUUAAGUUUUUUUAAAAAAAUUAUUGUUUCAUCUUGGUGCUAUAAUUUACAUAUCCUCUUCUUUUAGUUAAAUUUUAAUGCUAAAUAAAAAAAAAAAAAAGCGGUCCUACUAAAAUGAGGAUAGGUGUAGCUGAGAAGUUAGGAAGGCAGAAGAGGGGAAAUUUAAUGUAUAUCUGUGUGCAAUAAAUUAACCAUUGCUAAUGAAAAAACAAUUUUUUGUGAAGUUCAGUUGAUAGUGUUACUUUGUCAACAACAUAUAUGUCAUAUUAUGGUUAAAUAAUUACAUAUGCAUUAUACAUUCAAUAUAGUUCCUAUUUUCCUUUUUUUUCCUACGUUUUAUCCCAUUUAUUAGGAAAACUGGGCAAAUCAAAAAAUGAACUUCCUAAAGUACCAUCCCAAUCAGAUUUCCUUUCAGAUAAAGUGCUAUCAUUGUAAAUCUGAGCAAAAUUUCUGGUAGAAAAAAAUUAAGAACAUGUUUGACAAUUUUUGAAAUAAGUUUUCUUAAAUUACAUUUCACAAAAAAGAACAUAUUGGUAAAUUAAAUAUUUUCACUAUUGGUUAUUUAAUUUUCUUUCUGACCGAUUAAAUUUUGAAUUUCAGUUGUCCAUUUUCUUUGGUUUUCUCGUCUUCUUUUUUAUUUUAAAGUUCAUUUAAUAUCUUCGGAUUUCAAAAAGCCAAUUUCAUCUUUUAGUAAACCAAUUGAUUCUAUAUAUAUAAAUUAGCUGGAAAGCGAUGUGUGAUAACAUUAUCUAAUAAACUACAGAAAUUACGACAAUGCCUAGGUAAUGAUAUAAUUUUCUUACUGUAUUAGAAAUUGUCAUAAUUUCCUAAGAAUUGUCAUCAUUCUCUAAACUGUUAAGUAUUUCAGUAACAUGUAUAUACAGAAAAAUAUCAAAACAAAGCUUAAAUACUUGUGUGUGAAUAUGACUAGAUUCGAUUUAAAAAAAAUUAUCAUGGGUAAUAUGUUUUAUUACAUAGAACAGGUGAAAGACACUUUUUUCUUUAUAAUACUUGUAUAUUUAUUUAUUUGUUUUACUUUUAUACCUAAAUUUAUUUUUAGGACACUGUUAGUAAUUCUCUCUGGACUAAAUAAGUUCAAACUCAGGAAACAUUUUUUUUAUUAAUGGGUAGGAAUAAAAUUUUAUUUAAAUUUAGCUAUUUAGAUGUUAUUUUUAACUGUAUUAACAGAAGUCUACAGCUAUAUUUUUUUUUUUUUUUUUUUCUUAACAUUUUAUAUUUGUGAUGUAAAUUGAUACUUAUUAGAAUAAAUUAUUUUUGUCUUAUAACUAUAAUAAAAUUAUUUGUUUUGAUUUUUAGGCAGUUGAAAUUUUGUAUGGCAUUUUUGUAGCUACAGAAGUUGCAUACUACACUUAUACAUAUGCUGUCGUGAAUGUAAAAUAUUACCAGAAAGUUACAAGUUACACAAGAGCAGCAUUUCUUGUAGGACGUUUCUUUUCAGGGUUUAUGGCUCAGAUAUUUAUAUCCACAGAACUAGUUGAUACAUACCAAUUAAAUUUUUUUACGUUAGGAAGUAAGUAGAUUUAUUUUAGAAAUGUAGAAAUGCUAUUUACCAAUUGCAUAAAUUUAUUAUGUAUUUCAGGUUUGAUGGCUGCAACAAUUUGGACUUGUGUUUUACCAUCUGUAAAAAAAAAUGAUGAAUCAACAUCAGAAAUUCAGAAAAUGAAUGUAAUGAGUACUACAAUAGAAACUAAUAAUGAGUGGGAAUAUGAUGAACCACUUGAAUAUACUAAAGAAGUAAAAUCAAUAUUAAAAAUAAUUUUUUUCCAUUCAUAAUUGAAUAUUUAGAAAUAUUUUAGAAUAAAAAAAUAUCAUGGAAAUAUAUAAGGACUAGAUGUAAUGAAUAUAAAAAUAUAUACGUUUUGAAAUGGUCAUUUUGGGUCAUAACUGCAACCUGUUGUUUUCAUCAAGUAAAAAUAUGAAUUUACAAUAAUAAAUAAAUUAUAACUUUACCAAUAAUAUUAAAUAUUACUAUUUUUUAGGUUACAUUUUAUAUUCAAUCUUUGUGGGAAUCGUUAAGUCGUAAUAAGUGUAUUCAUGAUGUUUGUUCAACAACUUCAGAAUGGAAUGGAGCAGUUGAUGCUGUUUACACAAUAAUAAGUAAAUUUUAAUUAAUUAAAUCAUUUGAGAUGUGGGUAUCAAGUAUUUUGUAUCGUAGAUAUUGAAGUAGGUACGUAAUUCUUGAUAUAAAUUGAUAUAGUGAGUCAUUUUUUUUUCUUCUUCACUUUCACCUUCAUGUCAACUAUUUGGGAUUAGCCACCAUCAUCCCUAAACUUCCACUUAACUCUAUCCCCCACAUCGUUCUCACAUACACCUACCAUUCUCAUAACAUUCUCAAAUGCAUCUAACCACUUCUUUCGGUCGUCUUCUUCCACUCUUUCAUCCUAAGUCUGUUUUCAUUACAAUUCUUACUGCUUUUGAUUAAUAUACAGAAUUAUUCACUAAGUGUGCUUACCCCAUUUUAUUGAUUAAAUUUUGCAUAUAUUCAAACACCAAAUGUAUUAUGACUAAUACUAUUUAUUGCAUUUUUAAUAUAGGUUCUUAUUCAAAAAACAAUAGUUGAUAUCACACAGGAUGCACUGACUAAUGCAUUGUUCUAGUUCUAUUCAUGUUUAUUGUAGUACGUUAUGGUCAAUAAAAGAAAAUUAAAAUUAGAAAUUACCUUGACAUACAAAAUGACUACAACUCAACUAGUAGAUAAGCUAAAGUAACUGAUUGAUUUUUUCAUAAAUGUUAAUUUUUAAAAUGUAUUUAAUUAAGUACAAUUUCUCCUUCUAAAUAUUGGACACCUCUGUAAAGCAAACAGAAUAUUAGCUACUAAGAUUAUAAUUAAUUCAAUUGUAUGGAUCAUAUUUUUUAUAGUGCGUACAACAUUAACCAAAUUAUUUAUUUAAAAAUAAUAAUAAAUGAAAUCUGAUUGAAAUUUUAAGUUACAAGGUUUUGACGUUAGCUGUCAAUAUGCAAAAUUUAACCAAAAACGUUGGGUGAGUAUGCUCAGUGAAUCAUCCUGUAUAUUGAGUAAUAGGUAUAUGAAAUAUUUAAUGACUUUUUUUUAUUAGUAUUGACUGUAAAUCAUAUAAGAAGUUAAUAUAAGUUUAAAUACUUAAAUUAUGUUAACUCAUAAUUGUGUAAUCACUAUGAAAAGAUAUUUAAUGAAAUUAUAUUUUAUUUAUAAAACUUGAAUCAAAAAUAAAAAUAAAAAUUGAAUUAACAUUUUAUAUUUCUUAUUUACAUAAAUAAUUGUAAUUUAUUUUUAUAGUGUUAUUAAAUGUAUAAGCAAAUAUGAAGAAGACAAAUAAUUUAUCGAUUUGGUGUUAGGUACAAUUGUUACAUUUACAUGCGGAUCAAUAAAAUUGAAUAUGACUAAAUAUAGCAAUGUACUUAUCAUGAUCACUUCGGUUCUUCAGUGUGUGAGCCUAUAUACUUCAACUAUAUACAACACAAUUUAUAUAUCUUACAUCAAUUACAUUAUUUACUGCACAAUUUAUCAAGGAAUGAUGACUAUUGCUAGGUGAGUUAUAAAUAAAAUAAAUCAUUAAUUUUAAUGUUUGUCAUACCCAGGAUUGAUUAAAAAUAAGAAAUGUUGCAAUAGUAAAUAAUUAAAAUGCGUCUUCAAUAUUUUUACAUGAAUAAAAUUGUGUUCGUGUUGUGAUUUAGCUCAUUACAUAUUUUUUUUCCAAUUAAUAAUAUUCUCUGAUAAACUAUAAAGAACCAUGUUGCAUAUAAGUUCAAUGGAAAUUGCAGGAAAAAAGUUAGCACUAUUAUAUGAUUAUUUGAACGUCUUCGUAUGAACUUAUUUAGUAACUAUUUUUUAAUACAUUUUUCGUUUGUAAAUAAGGACCUGUUGUCCAAAAAAUACUUUGUUGUAAUUACACUACUUUAAAAAUAUAAAACAAAUAUGUUUUACUUUGUAUAUCCAAAUUUGUUCAUAAUUUUGAUUUUGUUGUCGAUGUUGUUUAGAUAUUUUGUUUAUAUGAUGUUGAAUAACUAAUUUUCAUUUUGUCAAGUACUUUAAUUCAAAUUACUACUGCCACAUGUGUUAGACUAGUUGUCUAUGAAAGAUUCAGAGCGGAGAAUUCAAUAAAACAAAAGAUUAAUAUUAGAAUUCAGAUUAAUUAAAAAUACUAAGGUUCUACAAAAACUACAGUUGUACUAAACAAUUUACUGCCUUCUCAAUUGAAUACAAUAGCACUGGCAAAAAAAAAUUGGUACCAUUAAAUUUCCUAUUGCCACAUUGUAUUGUUUACAUUAUGCUUGUUUAUAUUAUACAUAUACAAUGUAUAUACUUAUAGUAAGAAUAAGUGUAUAUUAAUAAAUUAUAUUGAACAAAAUAUAUAUAUGUAAUUUAGAUAUAAGUUGGGUUAUGUUUAAAUGAUUUGACAUUUUGUGUAUUUUACAAUUUCAUUAAAAUUUAAAAGUUAAAUGCUUAAAAAAAAAAACAAAUACCUACAUUACAUUCAACUUUUCUUGAUCACAAAGUGCAAUUUAUUUUAAACCUCCUGUUAAAUUCCUGAGAAUUUUCAUUGAAUCAAUACAAUUUUAUCCGUAUUUAACUAAAUAAAAAUUAAAAAUAUAUGGACAUACAUCACACAAUGGGUGGGCCAUUUUUGUAGGUGGUUGUAAAGGUAGGAUAUAGAGGGGAAUUUCAUGUAUAUCUGUAUGCAAUGAUUAAUCUUUGCUAACGAAAAAUAAUACUGAAUAAAAUUUGGUUGCACAUGUUUUAAAAGGCCGUAAUAUUUACGAUUUGAAAAUAAUAUAUUUUGUAUAUUUUCCUGUUUUUCCUAACUAUUUUCCCAGUUUUUCUCAUUUAUUAUGAAAACUCCUGGGAAAAUCGAAAAAUUACCUUCUUAAAGUACCUCCCCAGAUCUAACCUGUUUUAGAAAAAUUGUAUAUAUAUCCUUGUGAACAAAUACAUUCUUUGCUCCACUCAGAAUCUAAAAUACUCAAAAAUUACAAAUGGCUGUUAUUAGCCAAAAUGUUUUGAAAUGGCUAAUAUAAGUAUUAGUAUUAGUAUUCAGUUUAAAUUUCCAGAUCUGUUUUUAACUGAAUUGUACUACAAAUCAAAAAUAAUAGAAACCAUUCUUGGAUACAUUUUUUUCCGUUUUUCCCAAUUAUUAGAAAAUAGAUAACUAAAAAUUGACUUCCAUAAUGCACCAACCAGACAUGUCACCAAAGAGGGGGGGAUUCGUGAAUUGAAAUUUGCUUUGGAAUAGGUUUCUUGUAAACAAAUUGUUCACAAAUUAAAAAAAAUAUGUAUUAAAUACCAUCACAUUUUUCGCUUUGCUUAAAAUCGGAAAAAAGUUGAUAAUUUUUGACAGUUUUAUGGUUAAAACUAAAAUAUUAUUCCAGGUAUUUAUUACUAGUGAAUACAUUAAAUUUGUUAUAUAUAAUAUAAAUUGUUUCAAAGACUAAGAUUAUUUACCUACAUUUGUUUUAUACAGAAUUAAAUGGUUAAAGUAAAAAGAAUUAGUAAUUGAAUUUAUAUUAUGUAAGUGUAUGAAGCAUGUUCGCUUGGUGAAUAAAAUAUUUUAACGGAAUUAAAAAUUUAAAACAAACCUUUGGAAGAUUAUAACAAUUCUUGUGGUGUCUUCUGGAUAAUGCUAAUAGGCUAAGUCACAACUAUAACACAAGCCACUUAAUGUAUACAAAUAUUAGGGUAGCAAUUCAUCUAAUACUGUUAUAGAAAUUAAAACUCAAUUAUUUUUUAAUUUUGUGAUACAGCUCAGAAAUAGCGAAGUGUGUCAAUAAAGAUAAACAUGGAUUUGUAUUUGGUGUAAAUAAUUUGUUAGCUGUAACUUUACAAUCUUUAGCUACAUUUUUCAUGAAUAUGUAUAGCUUGUCUAUAUCCUCUAUUGUUUGGGUAAAUACAUAGUUUAAGUUUAAUCAAUUUUGUAAAUUAUUAACGAUAUGUAUAUUUGUUUUUCUAGUUUCAAUUAUGUGCCAUAUUUUGCUUAUUAAUUGGGGUAUUUUAUUUAUUUAUCACAAUUAAACAACUUGUCAAGAAGUAAUUUGGAAGAUCACAAAUGUAUAAUAUAUAUCCUUUAUAUAUUUACAUUAGGAUUGUCCAUAUCAUAUAGAUGGGCAAUUUUUCUUUCCAUUUUUGAACAAGCUACUCUCAGAAUUUGUUUAAAACUAUAAAGAAAUAAUUUCUGUUAAAUUGCAUGAACAUUGGUCAGUCCCAAAGCUGGACAAGUAACUCAACUUAAGUAACUAAGUAAAUUUUUUUUACAAUUUUGAAAAAUUAAUAUGUAUAAUAGGCAAAAAGGUCAAAAAUAAAUUAUUGUUUAAAUUAAAUUAACUGUAUUAAUUAACUCCUCUACCCACAAAAUACCAACAAACUUUUCAUAUUUUAAAAUAUAAAUGAAUUAUGAAAUGAAAAAACCAUAAACAACAAUUUUAUAAAAAAAUUUAUUAUGACAUACAUAUUUUAAGUGUUAUAUAUAUAUUUUAAUCCAUAAUUUCAAAAAUUGGAGAGCACCCUUUUUUGAACUUAAACUCUCUUGAUGCAUAUCUUAGGACUGACUAAUUAUUAUGAAAUUGUACACAAUUUAUUUCAUAUAGUUUUGAACAAAUUCCCGGGGGAAUCUAAUCAAAUUUAAAGAAAUAAUGUAAGAACCCAUCUAAUUUACAUCAAUCAUGUAUUUUAUUAUAAAACCACUGCCACAAAAUACAAAUUUAAUAAAAUUAUUUUCAUAUAUGUAAUUCAUUUAUAGGAUAUAAUUUUUGUUUGUCAAUAAUAGAUUAGAAUUAAUAAAAUUGAUUUUUUAAUUAUUGAAAUACCAUUAACAGCUUCUAGUACUUUAUUUCUCCAAAACUGAUAACUUUUAAAACUUUUAAUAAAUUUUAAAAUAUGUCCUUUAAGGUAAAUGUUACAUAAUAUUUAUUAUUUUUAUGUGCCUAGAAUAUAACUACAAAUAAUAAUCAAUAUAAAAUAAAUUGUAUUGCAUUGAAUAUUUUUUCUAUUUUACUAACUUUAUAUCUAGUAAUAAUAUAUAUCCAAAAAAACAUCAAGUUCUACUGUAUGCUAUAAUAAAAUUAUUUUAUUGUUAAAAUAUAUAGAUUCUUUAUAUAAUUAUAUUUAUUUAUUUGUUUGUUUGUAAAUUACUGUUUAGAUUAUAUGUUUACUUUUUGACACAGGGCUAAGCCCGUGAAAUAAAAUAAUUGUGAUGACAGACAAAUGGCAGAUUGUUACUUCAUUUAUGUUAAUAAAAUUAUAUAUAAAAUCUAGUAAUUUAG